CAUGCUUGUAUAGAGAUGUUCCAAGAAGCAAAGACCGGCGGUGAAUACAGGAAGCAUGGGAACCGGGAUAUUACUCACUCCAUAUUGACUUUCCCAGGAUCAGGGAGGACAACCCCCGGUCCGGACAGCGCCGGUGCAAAUAACAUCAUGUACCGCGUUGUCCUGCCGCUAGUAGUACUACUAUUGGUCGCCGCCGUGAUUAUCAUCUUUUGCUGUUACAAGUACAAGGCCUGGCGCCGGCGUGAACAAAAACAGGCAACUGAUCUAGAGAUGGUUCGAGUGGAGAAGCCAGUCGUUCAAAAACCUGUAGUGCAAAUUAAGAAGAAAAAAAACAUCAGACCUCCCAUGAAUAACAUCAAGAAAGUAAAACCAAUUAUUGAACAAAUAAAAGCUGCCAAAAAAGAGGAGGAGAAGAUCAUGAAGAUAACAUCUAAAACAGAGGAGGAGAAGAUCAUGAAGAUAACAUCUAAAACAGAGGAGGAGAAGAUCAUGACGGUAACAUCCAAAACAGAGGAGGAGAUCACGAAGAGAACAUCCAGCCUGAAACGGUUCCGUAAAUGGAUAAAAAAAAGUACCCAUAAGAAGAACAUGGUGAAAGAAAAGGAGCGCACUAACCAUCUCUGCAAAUAUAUGACCACCUGCUGCAGUUGUCGGUCCAUGGACUAA